GCAAACGCUCCAAGCGGAGCUCCAAUCCAAUCGGCCGCAGGGGCCAGGAACCAUAACAGGCUCGGGUCAGACUCGAACCCAACAAGCACGCACGCCGCCUUCGGACCGCCCCAAACCGGCGCCGGCACCGUGGAGACGCCGGAGAUGGAGCAGGAGCCGGAGGCCGCGGCGUCGGCCGUGCCUCUCGCGUCGGACGUCGCGGCGGCUGUGGACCCGCCGUCGCAGCUCGAUGUUUUCAAGAACAAAGUUUGGUUAUUAUGUGAUAGCAACACGACCGAUUUUGAUGCUUGGGUGUCAUUAAUAAAUGCUGCUGAGGAAACAUCAUCAGAUGACAUAGAUGUUAUUAGCUUGGUCUACCAUAGCUUCUUAUUGGAAUUUCCUUUGUGCUACGGCUACUGGAUCAAGUACGCAGCUCACAAGGCACGAUUAUGCACAAAAGGAGAUGUGGUGGAGGUUUAUGAACAAGCUGUCCAAGCAGUACCUCAUUCUAUCGAUCUUUGGAUUAGUUACUGUGGCUUUGGUAUAUGUGCAUAUGAAGACCCUGCUCACAUCAGAAGUUUAUUCGAGAGGGCUUUAUUUCUUGUCGGAAAGGACUAUUUGUGCUAUCACCUGUGGGACAAGUACAUAGAAUUUGAAAAUUCUCAGAAGCAGCUUGUUCAGCUUGCGACCAUUUAUAUCAGCACAGUGAAAUUUCCCACAAAGAAGCUGCACAAGUAUUAUGAGAGUUUUAGAAAGUUGGUAACAUUAUUGGAACAAGAGGUGACAUGUUGCGUUGCUGAAAGAUUAUCAGAAAAUAUACAUACUUCUGAAACGAUAGAUGCUGAAGAUUCUGAAUUGGAUAUAUCAACUAUAAUUGCUGACUUAUUUGACCAAAAAGGUGGACAUCUUAGGCCUGAAGCAUUGAAGCGGUACUUAUCUGUUGGGGAGCGUCUCUACCAAAGGUCCAGUAAAAUUUACAAAGAAAUCUGUUGCUUUGAGGCAUCCAUAAAAAGGCCUUUUUUCCAUGUCAAGCCACUUGAUGAUGAUCAACUUGAAAACUGGCACCAGUAUCUUGACUAUGUUGAGAAGAAUGGGGAUUUUGACUGGGCUGUAAAACUUUAUGAGAGAUGUUUGAUCCCUUGUGCUAGUUAUUCGGAGUUUUGGAUCCGCUAUGCUGAGUAUGUCGAUGCCAAAGGUGGCCGAGAGAUUGCAAACUAUGCUCUUGGUCGAGCAUCAUCAUGUUUUGUAAAGGGAGUUCCAACUUUCUGCAUGUAUUACGCAAUGUUUAAAGAGCAAAUUGGUGAUGCACAGGCUGCACGCUCUCUUUUUGUUAAAGCAAGCAGUAACUUCACAUCGGGUUUUUAUGCAAAUAUUAAUAGGCUGGCCAACAUGGAAAAACGCAUGGGAAAUACUAAAGCAGCUUCUGAGAUAUAUGAGACGGCAAUUGAGGAUGCCAUGCAGAAACAGAACAUAGAUAUACUUCCGGACCUGUACAGCAAUUUUGCACAAUUUAUAUACGUGGCAAGUCGUAGCAUUGGUGAAGCUAAAGAGGUCUUUGUCAAGGGAAUAAAACGGGCACCCUGUAAACCAUUGAUUAAGGGAUUCAUACAGUUCAUGAGUACGCAUGGAGGACCUACAGAAAUACCUCUUCUUGAUUCUGUUAUUUCUAAUGCUGUGACUCCUGGAUCUGAUGUAUCUACAGCUUUAAGCCCUGAGGACCGUGAAGAUAUCUCACUGUUGUUUUUGGAGUUUGUUGACCUUUACGGGGGUGUUAAAGAACUCAGAAAGGCGUGGGCCCGGCACAGUAAACUGUUUCCUCACAGCACUAGGAACAUAUCACAGCAGUAUCAUACUACUGGGAAUAGCCUGCAGGAGAAUAUCAAGAGGAGAAGAACAGAACCUUUGAUGGCUGCUCAUGAUCAUCCUUUAGAAGGUAUAAGGAAAUUGAAACAAUCGUCCAAAACUGACAAUUGUUCUCUGACAGUUGAUAAAGAGGUUGAGUCACAAGUGGACAGGAACACUGCGGAAUCAGGAAAAGGACACAGGGAUGCAGAAGAGCAGAAAGCACUAGAGAAUGUCGAUUCGCAUCAUGAGGCCAGCAGGACAGCUCAGGAACACAGUGACAUGGUUCACAGUCAACUUAGCCUGGACGAAUCUGGAAUGCAACUUGGAAUGCAGAACCAAAUGAAUUCACUUGCUAAAGAAGAGACUAAUCAAGACUUAAGUUUACGGGAACAAAAUGACAAGAAAGCAAAUUCUCAUCAGGCUCAAAGUGAGGAAGCCCCUGAAGCUGAGCUAGGCGAUUGUGAUUCUCCUUCCAAAGCAAUUGUUCGCUCCAUUAAGAUUGAUUCUCAGGACAAGGUCAUUGAGGUAUCUGCAAGUGGUCAUCCAGAAACAGUAUGCUCAAAAUCUGAUUCGCCAUCUGGAGAAAGCAUGCCCAAAGAAGGAAGUUUUUCCAAUCCAGCUCGAAUAUCUCCAGAGCUGGAGGAAAGGCAACCUGUGAAAUUUCAGGUAAAGAUUGACACGGAGCAUGAUGUGUCUGUCAGUAAUGCUAACCCAGAGAGGUCUGAUGAUAGUCCAAAUGCAACUCAAUGUGGUAGGGAAGUCUGUGCCCUUGGUCAAGAGAGUCGAGACCAUGUUCAGUCUUCACAGCCACAACAACUUGCAGUCUGUGCAAAACCUUCCAGCUCAGAAUUAGCGAAAACAAAAACGAAUGCACUGUGUUUUCAAGCUCAACUUCAACACCAGGUGGCUAAUUCUCAAACACACAAAUCUAAUAAUCUUCCUUCGGCUGGUCAAAACAUGCAGCAGCAAGGGCUUUCUUUUACAAUGCCUCAGAAUGUUCAAACAUCCUCACAAACUCAAGAUCAACUCUUUGCACAACCUAAUCAGGGAAACCAACAGUAUCUCCAAAUGAUGCAAGGGUAUGCAUCACAGAUGUGGCAAUAUUACCAGCAACAGCUGUAUUACCUGCAGGCUCAGCACAAUCAACAGAUGCAGAGUCUGCAACAGCAGCAGCUUCCAACUGAGCAUCUUCAGCAAAAUUUCAUGCAGCAGGUACAACAACUGGACCAGCAGAUGGUCCUUUGGCAGCAACAAGUGCAGCAGCAGCAGCAACAACUACUACAACAGGCACUGCCAAUUCAGCAACAGCCUGACAAAAAACUGGGUCAGUAUCAUUCUUCUUCAGUGGAUACUAAACAUGAGCAAAAUAAACAGCAGCAACAAGCAUCUCAAAUGGACCAUCAAAGCCAACAAUUGCAGCAACAACAGCUUCUUUAUUUCCAGCAGCAGCAACAACAGAUGUAUGUUAUGCAGCAGCAGCAGCAGCAGAUGUACCAACAACAGCAUACCCAGCAGCAGCAGCUAAUUCAGCAACAGUAUCUGCAGCAGCAACAGUUUCUAUCGCAGAUGCCACAGCAACAGCAAGACUCGGUUCAGCAGCAGCAACAGCAACUGUUUCAGCAACAACAGCAGCAGAUGGUUCUUUUUCAGCAACAGCAGCAACAGUUUAUCCAAAAACAGAUGCAGCAGUACCUGCAACAGCAACAAAACCAACAAGGGCCCAAGGAUCAAAAUUACAAGUUAAAUCCUCAGGUACUUAUCUUAUUGUACCAAAUUCUGAUGAAACAUGACAGGAUGGAAGGAACCGGCAAAUGGAGCACGGCCAACAAUCUGAAACAUCACAGAGUGAUGGUUCCAAACUGCGGAGUGUUGAACAAUCUGAGUUAUCCUACCCGUCAACUCCACAGUCACAGCGCUCAAAUCAAUGAAUCAUUUUGGGUCAUCCAUAUGUCUUCUAUUAAAAGAUCACAAAAUUCCAAGCCAUUGAUCUCAGUACCAUUUGGCACUUGGAUCGAUCAAAAUAUUUAAGAAAACUGAAAAAGGGAAGGUCACAUAUUCAAUUUGUUAUCUUGCUGCCAGUAGAUGGCCUUAAAAAAAAUAAGACCAACCUAGGAGGAACUAGACGGCUUUAUAUUAAGAAGAAAAUAGACAUUCAAAUUCGUCUCAGCGAGGACUCAAACUUGGGUGGUCUGGAUGUAUCCAUACUUUCAACCGACUGAGCUGGAAGACCUUAACACUAUGCUAUGUCAGAAUGGCGAUGACGAGCUGCCAUUGCCCCUGGUGUGGAAGCUUGAACACUUGCAUUUGGAUUGCUCCGUUCAACAAAUCUUAUGGUGGUAUUACCCUAUAGUAGAUUGCAGAUUCCUCAACUCCAGGUGACUUGAACAACGAGAACUAGUUUCCGUUGAAUCCCAUCAUGCAAAAUAUAUGAUCGACAGCUUGGUAUGAGAUUCUUAAUCAUGAGCAAAAUGACUGGAAAAGGAGCAUUGUGAUAUGUUGGAGAGCUGAAUUUCAAUUGCCACCUCAUUAAAGCAUGGAUAUCUAGAAUAUACUCUGUAUAUGUUCUUAAUCAUGAGCAAAAUGACUGGAAAAGGAGCAUUGUGAUAUGUUGGAGAUUUCAAAUUUCAAUUGCGACCUCAUUCAAGCAUGGAUGUCUAGAAUAUAUUCUGUGUAUGCCUGCCUGCCGUUGCCCAUACGUAUAUGGAAUUUAUCAAUUACUAUGAGUUAUGAGUUACUGCUCUGCCUGCCCAAAAAAAAGACUACUCUGCUAUACGUCAUGAACAGUAUGGUGUCGUAAAGAUAGCAACCGGGCUGGAAAAUGUGCAGUACUCCCCUUAACCUGAUGUUACAUAUUUGAACUUUUUUUUUAUCUAGGUCGGACUAUUGGCUUGCUUCUGUAUUCACCGCAGCAUCUGUGUACUUGGCAAUGCGUGAACAACAUAGGUGGUAACAUUACCAGUGAUUUGAGAUUUUGAAUCAAAUUGUUGUGUAAUUUUAAUCAUAUACCGCAGUUGUUUCGAGUGAGUUGGUCUUGCUAGUUGCUACUUUUAGGCUUAGCCUAGUUACUGCGGGAGUUGUAAAUAUUACAUGCUCUGUUUUAUUAUGUAUUGGUUGUUUUUGGCUUA